AGGCAAAGGCUCGAGGGCCCUGACAUGGAGGGGCCUGGCAAGGGUCAUGCCGAGUCAGAGAAGUGGGGCGGCUUCAUCGACGGUGAGGUGGUCCGGAAGCAGUUGGAGGUCGAGGUCAAGGCACGAGAGGAGGAAGUCGCGAGACGAGCCGAAGAAGAGAAAGCGGUGGAAGGAGAAGAACGAGAGACCAAGGAAAGGGUUACUUCCAUCUUCCAUGGCAACAAGGAGACCGAUUAUGCUGGUAGAUCUUGGAUUGAGAACAAGACCAACAUCACCAAAGACGUGGAUGAUAAGCAGUGUUUCUUGCCCAAGAAGUGGGUCCAUACCUGGACAGGGCACACCAUGGGAGUGUCCAAGAUUCGAUGGUUUCCCAAGACGGCUCAUCUUCUGCUUUCUGCUGGUAUGGAUGGCAAGAUCAUGAUCUGGGACUACCACAAUCAGCGAAAGUGCCUGCGGACCUACUUGGGACACGAUCAGGCGGUCCGGGACAUCGCCUUCUGUGCAGACGGUCGGCGGUUCUACAGUGUCUCCUACGACAAAAAUAUUCAGUAUUGGGACACUGAAACGGGAAAAGUCAUUGCGACUUUCACCAACAAGAAGACGCCUUUCUGCGUCUCUAUUCAUCCAGAUCCCUCUCAGCAGAAUGUCAUCGUGACGGGCGGUUCCAACAAGAAGGCGGUGCAAUGGGACUCGAACACCUGCGAAAUCGUGCAGGAGUACGACGAGCACAUGGGAGCCGUCAAUACCGUGACCAUCUGUGAGGAUGGGAAACGUUUGCUGACGUCUUCUGAUGAUAAGAAGAUGUUCCUAUGGGAAUUUGGCAUCCCGGUGGUGAUCAAACACAUCGC